AUGUUUUCCACAAGCUGCCAGCCAUCAUCCACAUUCUAUUUCCAUUGCUGGCUGUGUCCAACAUCUCUCUAUACCGAUGUCUUUUGGAGCACUUUGGAGCAUUUGGGACGUGAGGAGCAAGGAAGGACUUGGUGCAUGGACGCAGCUCAACACACGCAAAGGAAGAAGGAGGAAGUCAUCUUGAAGUCAGCUCGACCACCUACUCGACCAUCCGGUCGAGUUCCUCAACUCGACCGGCCAAGCUUCAACUCGAUCGAGCUGAGAAGUCAACAGUCAAACCCGAAAAAUGUUGCUUCCCCCUUGACUUCCCUUUGA